ACUUUUUCAGUUGUAAUUGUGAAAGAUGAAAGUGCUUAUAGUUUUACUAGGUCUGCUUUCUGUGUCAACGGGCCAGUUUUCAGCUAGAAAUAGAAAAGCACUUUGUUACCUGCCUUCCGAAUACGGAAAAUGUGGAGGUCACCGCAUGAUGUGGACGUUUUCAAACCGUCAACAAAAGUGCGUACCAUUUCUUUUCUCCAACUGCGGCGGCAAUGAAAAUCGCUUCUUUACCAAGGAAAACUGCGAAAAUGCUUGCGCUCCAACUGAUUCGCCAUUUGAAUUUUAUGGAUAAUUUUUGGAAGGAAACAAUAAACAUUUUUUACAAAAACAGCUAAA